CCGUCAUAAAAAUGUGCAAGAACGGCUAAAAAUUUUUUUUUUUUUUUUUUUUUUUUUUGAAGAACGGAUCGAUGUGGAAUUUUUAAUAUCCAUUGAUAAAUUGUUCCAUAACAUAAUGCAAAAUAGGAAGAAAGAUUCAUAAUAUAAUUUUGAGUGCCUUUGAAGAGUAGGCUACUUAUAUAACCAAUAGAAUUGAAGGUUUUCUUUAGAUAUUAGUAUUAUGAGCAACGGAAGUUGCAAACAGCAGAUGAAGUGUGUGUGUGUGUGUGUUUCUAGUUUGAUCUUGGAACAAUUAAUCAAGGAGGCUACACUGCAAGAGUCCGCAUCAUGAACACAUUGGUAUGUGUGAUCACGUUAUCGUGGAACAAGAUUUAAAUUAUGGGUGGAGCAGCUUCAAGUCCAAGUACUCCUCAUUCGGACCAGAGUGGUGAUCCUAAUAUGGCCAAGCCUAUCCCUAGCGAGUGCCCAAUGCAUAGUGGUAAUGAACCAGCAAAGUUUGUUCCUGUUCCCAGUGAAUGCCCAAUGAGACAGACGGAAGAAUCAAGUGAAAUAAAUAUGGAGAAUAUGAUGCCACCACCAAAUCAGCGUCCAUCUCCAGAUCAACCAUAUCCACUUCCAGUUGAAAGGCAGCUUUCCCGGAUACCGAAGGCUGGAAAAGAGAAUGAGUUUUGGGUGUAUCCUUCACAGCAAAUGUUUUGGAAUGCUAUGCUUAGAAAAGGUUGGCGUUGGAAAGAAUCUGAUAUAGAACAAACUGACAUGGAAAACAUCAUUAAAAUUCACAAUGCUAACAAUGAUCAAGCGUGGGAUGAAGUUCUCAAGUGGGAGGCGCUGCAUGCCAAAGAAUGCGACUGCCCUAAACUAAAACGUUUUGGUGGUAAAGCUAAGGAUUUUUCUCCAAGAGCCCGCAUAAGGAGUUGGCUUGGAUAUAGUCUUCCAUUUGAUCGACACGACUGGAUUAUCGACCGCUGUGGCAAAGAUGUUCGAUACAUCAUUGAUUAUUAUGAUGGAGGUGAAGUUGAUUCACAAUACAAGUUCACAAUCUUAGAUGUUCGGCCAGCAUUUGAUUCUUUUGGUGGGAUUUGGGAUAGGAUGAGAGUUGCCGUUUUACGGUGGAGGAUGUCUUUGACUGAGAAAGAAUUACCAUCUGGUACCCAUGUUGUGCCUCAUGAAGAUAAAAACUAAAGCUGGUAGAUAAGAGAAGAUCUAGAACUACUUUGAGAGUUGCAAGAAUAGUACUGCCUAUGAACUAUGGAUUUUAUUUCAUAGAUCAGAAGUUCAGUGUGGGUGCCCACGACAAAACCAGUGUACUGUUACAUGUGUAGACAUGAAGCUUUCACCUGCAGUUGUGGGGCAUUGUUCAUGAUACAUGUCUUUGUGGUUUUUUGACAAACUAACAUCCCCAUUUAUCAUCUUUAAAUUUUUUGCAGUUAUUGAAAGCCAGCAUGUUUUGAAUUUUGAAUUUUUUAAAGGACAUUAUAAUAUAUUUUUUUACUACAGUGUUCUAGCUGGGUGAAAAUUAAAGAAGGGCGGCCACGUGACCUCCACCCCCAUCUCUGGUAACUGUUCUAAGCUACUGAAAUUUUUCGUCAGUUACAUUUUCAUACACAUCAUGUCUUGUUUCCUUUGGUAAUUCCAGUGUGCAGAUUGAUAGAUUUUGGGGGGUUUUUAAUAUGUGAAAAAAAACGUGCAUUUCAGAUAGCGGACCAGGGUGCUGUAAAAUAUAGUAGAAUGCGGAAAAAUAAAGAGGGCGGCCAAACACAAAUGCUGGGUGGUAAAAUGCAAUAGUGUGGCGGGCUGCCCUGCACAAAUGGAGUAGCGAGAACACUGGUACAUAGUUAUAAAGUUGAGGAAAGUAAUUAUAUAUUGGCAUUAUUCUAAUUUAUGGCAGGGUGAACGUUUUGAAAAUGCAGAGGUGCACAAUUUGUAAGUAAUUUAUUAUAGUGUUUUAAAAAACACUUUAAAUUCACCUAAAAAACAAAAGCUACACUUUGAGAGAGAGAGAGAGAGUACCUUUUUAACAUGCCCUUAUACCACUAAGGUUUCAGGCAUUCUACACUUUGAGAGAAAAAAAAAAUAAAGAGUUACUUAAAACAAUCAUUAAACCAGCAGCUGGUUCUUAAAUAUUUCUUUAUAAUGUUACCUAUUCUCAACAGUUGUGAACAAUAUGCGCUUUAACAUAAAAUUAUUAUUGAAAAUACAUUAGUGAUGUACUAGCAAGUUGUUGACUGGGAGCCACAAUGUCUUUGUUGCUGCAUCGGCCAGUUUCAUGUAAUCACAAAACAAAUUAAAUUUCACAAUUUAUUUGUGUCCCAGUAAUUUCAAUUUUAUUUUUGUCAGAAAGUAAUAUGUUUUCAAAUUAAAUAUAUGUAGUUACCUUCAUAAAUACAGUAAGUUUAGAAUUCCAAUUUUGUGUGUGAAAACACUUGUUUUUGUGCAUACCCGGUAACAGCUGGAUCUGCUAUAAGACUUAAAAUAAGACUCACACUGCAUGACCACCAUAUGUCUACAAAGAAUAUUUAGAAUUCUGCAUAUACAUUAUUUCACUCCAUUAUACUGUUUAAUCAGUAUUAAAGGUGAUAUACACAUAAAGACCAUGUGGGUUUCAGUAUUGGACAUAAUUAAUGUACUGGUAUGCUAUCUGAUAUAAACUACUGGUUUAUUUAAACAAGAGAUUUGCUAUAUCUUUUUGCAGAAUAUUUUGUAAUCGGACACUUAUAAAAAUUGGAUAUGCAUAUUUUAAAAUAUUUUCUAUUGAAUACAUGCUUUAAUAGGACUCAAAUAUAUGUAAGAAAAACAAAAAUGGAUAUUUGACUGAUGUCUUGCCUGAGGUGUGAUGGAUUGUAGGAUUGAUUACCAUUUAUGGAUUUGGUUUCUUUUUCUCCAUCCUAAUCUGUGUGCAUACAUGGUAUAUAAAAGGCUGUGGUAUAUACCGGGGUACUGUCUUUAUUUUUUGAGGGAGUAGCCUGUGUGGGACAACAGAUUUCCAUGUCAAAAUAACCAUGGUAGACCACAAAUAGCCAUAGCUUAAAAGGUAUUGAGGUGGAGUUAAAUAAUCCUUCUUUCUUUCUUUCUUUAUUAGACUAGUGAAAAAAAGAAGAGAAGUUGAUGAACAGAAUGUUACCAAUUAACGCCUGACUUUUGGGGCCUAAUUCACUAAACUCUUCACAACUUUGCCACCUUGUAGUGCAAUGUAAAAUGACUUGCAAGUAUGAUGUGAUGUUGCUCAAGAGAGCCUUAAAAAGCUUUAUGAAUUAAGCACCAGGGACCUCUUUCACAAAGAUCUCUUAGGCUCUGCUAGACAACAAAGCAUCCUCUUUGCAAGUCUUUUUCCAUUGCACUAUGAUAUCGCAAAGUUGUGAGAGUUUAGUGAAUUAGGUCCCAGGUUUCUAAAACCAUGUAAAUUAAGCAAUUUAUUACCUGUCAAAUACUUGUUGUACAUAUUGUCAUAAUGAUUUCUUAAUCUAAAUAUAGAUUGUGAGUAACCAAUAAAGGUAUAAAAUAUA